CAGAAGCUUCUGCACUUCUUCGCUAAUACCCGGAAAUCUCGGAGCCUUCCCCAUCACAGCUCAGCUUUUCAGCUCACGCCUCCCACCUGGUGGCUGAUAGACUGGGACCUCCGGCUAUAAAUACAGCAGCAAUAUUGUUUCAGUCUCCACAACUCAUAGCAAGCAAGAUACAGAAAUACAUGCAAGCAUUCAUUCUCAAAGAUGGUUGGAAUGUGGUCCCUGUUUCGUGAGAUUGAUCAGACUAAAACAACAUGGGCAGUCAAGGCCAGGGCGAUAAGGGUGUAUCGUGAACCGGCACAUGACUGUUUCCCAGAAUCCAUGGAGGUUGUGUUUCAUGACGAGGAGGGGUAUAGGAUGCAUGCACAUAUUCCUGACCAGUUCGUCAACAAGUUCAUUGGUAUCUUCAAGGAGGGACGUUUAUUUGCAGUGAAAAACUUCAUGGUGGAAGAGAACUACAUGUUCUUUAAAACCUCAACAAGUGCCUAUAGGCUGCGUUUUUUUAACAAAAGUGCUGCCUUUGAGAUCAAGGGGGUUCCAUUCCCCAUAAGAACUUACUCACUGGUGUCUUUUGCUUCAUUGCAAGCUCAAGACACCAUAGAUGAGAAAUAUGGAAUCGACAUAAUGGGUCAGGUAGUGCACGAUAAAGAUCCAAAAACGAUUCUGAAGAAUGAUAGGCCCAGAAAAUUGAUGGAGAUGGUUUUGGGAGACCCAGAGGGGAAUGUGAUUGCAUGUACUCUUUGGGGACCGAUGGUUGAGAUGCUCCUGACGUUCAAGCAGACAACAUCGGAUCCAAUUGUAAUGCUGCUGCAGUGUUGCAGAGCUAAAAAAUACCAAGGUCAUGUCCAUGUCUCAAACAUGUUCAACACCACCAAGGUCAUUUUAAAUGGAAGUGAUGAUGAAUUCGUGGAGUUCAAGUCAAGGAUGGCUGAAAGGUCCAGUAGUGGACUUAGGUUUUCAAUAACAACUGACAACUCAGACGAUGGAGAAAUAGCAACUGGCCAGCAAGAUUUGAUCACUAUUGAUGCCCUAUUGAAACUUCAAGAGGCAAGGAAGCAUUGGGUUUACGGAGAGAUAGUGGCUAUCGACAACUACAAAGAUUGGUCCUACAUUUCAUGCAUCAGUUGUAAUCGGAAGGUUUCUACUAACGGGGAUAGCUUUUGGUGUGUCUCUUGCAAUGCAAAUGACGCUGUUCUUCGGUUUAAGGUGAAUGUGAGGGUAGUUGAUUGCACAACACAUGCCUCCUUCUUGCUAUGGGAUAGGGAGGUCUCAUGCUUGCUGGGAAAGUCGGCCGCAUCCCUUAAGGAACAGAUAACUAGGAGGAACUUUGGACCGCAUUACUUCCCUUCUGAGAUAACCUCUCUCAUUGAUAUAAAGGCUUUGUUUAAGGUGCAUGUUAAAAGAGAAGGCAGGGGUUUCAAAGGAAAUCAAACUUUCAGCGUUAUAAAAAUGAACACGGACCCCAAAGUGCUGUCACUUUACUCAUCAAAGAUAAAUGCUGUUGAGGAGGAAGAUGAGUUCACUCGAUUGGCUAAAGAGUUUUCAGGUCCUGGAAGUGGGUUUCAGUCAUCGCAGCUAUCUGUGUCCAGCCCGCUGCUGACCAAGGAGAAAAGGAGUGAUUUGAAAGUGGACACUGAAAAACUGAAACGUGACCUGUUUGGAGACUCCUCAACUUCAACGUCUGGGAAAAAGCUCAAGGGGGUGAAAAAGGAAUAAGGAUUAUGCUUCGCUCUAUGCUAUGUGUGACUAAGUUAUGUGUGACUAUGUUAUGUGUGACUGUUUGAUUUCCAUGUAUGUACAAUAAAGGCAACUUUGGCCACCCUUUAUCUGCCCCUUCAGGGCUUGGUGUUGCCAAAUGUUGGCCUCUUUUCAAUGGUUUUAGUCUAAGAACUCAGGCAUCAGAAAAUGCUAAUCAUAUGUACUGCAGACGCAUCUAUAUAAGAUAUUAUGUUAAGAUAUACCCAAGGACUGUGAUGCGUUGGACUUCUAUGGGAAAUACUUAUGGUUCUAGCCUG